AUGCCAGACUUACCAGACACAGUGCCAGCAGCCAAAGUAGCCAGCAUCGUAUCCACACCGGUUGAGCCAGGGGCUGCUGCAGUCUCGGCUCUCAAUGCGCGUGGUCGUGAUAUGAAGAUCAAUUUACAAGAGAUCUUAAUUCGCAAUGGAUUAUAUCAUAAGCAUCCAGCCGGUGCGUCUCGCAACAUUUUGGAAAUCGAUAGUCUCAAUGGUCCGACCUUGGUUCUUUGUCAAGAUGGAACGUCCGCGACCGAAGAACUAUUGCCUAAGAUGUUUAUCGCCGGCGAGGGUAGCAUGCUGAAUGUUCGAUUUUCUGGAGUUAAUCGUGCUUCUUGGCAAGGAUUAUUCUAUCACCAUAUGCUGCAGCAAAAUAUUUAUCUUGCUGCUCGAGGCUAUACUCCUUUACAUCUGGCCCUUACUGACAGUGAUGUUGAUCAAUACGUAGCUGCUGUGGACGAAUUCGUGAAGUUGCACCGGAAGGAGGCAUUGUUAUCUUAG